AUGGUCAGCACUCAACAAAGCGAGUACGUCUGGGGUCUAGCGGAGCAGAUAUUUACAAGGCAAAUUACCUCGGGUCAAGUACCCUCGAAUACACUGUUCAGCCCACUGGAUACUCAGAGCGUGUUGAUUCGAACGGCGAAUGUUGAUCCACUCCUUGUUGAUUAUAACAUUGAUUUUAUGCAGGUUAUUUAUGAUUACUGGUUACGAUCGGGGAAUGAUACCUUCCUGGAGAUGUUUUGGCCUCAGAUGGUUGCUAGUACGAGUUAUGCCGUGUCGCGGGCUCUGGAUGAAGGCACUCAGCUGUUUGGAGCGCCCUAUGGUUCAUCUGGAACGACCCUUAAUGGUGAAAAAAGACAAGCUCUUGGACCUUCAAAUACCGUUUCGAUGGUUAUUGGCCUAGAGAGGAUGGCUGAUAUGGCAGCUCACCUAGGGCACUAUUCCUCUGAGUCCUUUUACCGGGGACAGGCACAGCUUUCCAGAGAUGCGAUUGAAUCUUUGUUUUGGAACGAAACUGGUGGUUACUUCUCCGGGGCGCUUGGACGCACUGGGUACGAUCUCAUGGAUAUCGCACAUGUUCUUCUGGCGGGAGUUGGCACUGCAGGGCAACGAAAUGAAUUCAUUGAAAAGUUGCCAAGCCUCCAAGUGCCCGCUGGUCAUACCAAUGGAAUACGGUACUAUGAGACACCUGGCAUCGUGAAUCCAUAUUUUAUGAGUUUCUUGCUAGAGGGGUUGGCCAUUUCUAAUCGGACUGCAUUAACUCAAGAGUUGCUGGAUGCAACGUGGAGCCCGAUGGUAAGAAGGGAUAGAAACUAUACUGGAGCAUAUUGGGAGUAUAUUAGUACCGAUGGUACUUAUCCCGGCCUUGACCUGUUCACAGGCCAAAGCCAUUCCUGGGGUAGCUAUCCACCCGUCUUACUUAGCGAGUAUGUGCUAGUAGUACGACCUGCUUCCGCUGGGUACAAAGAUUUCUUCAUCGCUCCCCUUCCAGAUUUCAAGACGGGAUGGGUCCACGGACGUGUGCCCACCCCUGUAGGAAUUAUAUAUGCUGCCUGGGGAUAUGAUUCGAAAGGGAAGGUUAUGAUGGAGAUUCAAGCACCCGAGGGUCUCAAGGGUGCAAUCGUUCCGCCCUUUUGGGGUAAUUACUCGGUCGAUGGUAUCAGUGGGUUUACCGGCGACAAGGCUUUCACUGGUGGGUCAAAGCGAGUACUCAUUGUGCAGGAUUGA